AAAAAAAAAUACACAAGUCAAGUUUGCAUCCCAUUGACGUGUCAUUUCUUCAUAUGUGAAUCUAGCUUAAACCGCCGGAAAAAAAACACUGUCACUGUAUUGAUUCUUGCUCUCUUUUUCCACCAUGACCGAUUUCCACCACCACCAACACCGCCCGCACCGUAUCUCCGUCCCACCGCGCACCACCGCAACUUCAAACCCUAUCCCUAAUUCCACCUUCCCAUAUUCAUCAUCAACCCCAACCCCUACCCCUUCCAAAUCCAAACACCGUCUCUCAUCAUUCUCCUUCAAUUCCAAACCAAAUUCCAAAUCCAAUUCCAAAUCCAUUUCCUUCAUCUUUCUCCUUCUCUUCUCCCUUCGCUCUCUCUACUCCCUUUUCCCUUUCCUCCGUUCCUCUUCCCCUUCGUUUUCUCUCUUCCCUUUCUCCUUCCUCGUUUCCCUUCUUUCCUUUUUUCUCACCCUCUCUUUCUCCCUCUUUUCCUUUUCAUCUUCCAGAGACGCUUUUCUUAAACCCAAACAACAAUCCGUCUUCGGUUUGUUUCCAUCAAUCACAAACUCUCAGCAGAGAGUUCUUAUAUUGAAAUCGGUUCUACUAGCUUUGGUUUUCCUCCUAAGGUUUUCGGCUCUUCGAUACUGCAGCACUGCGGCGAUGAUAAUUGCGGAGUUUAUGGGAACUGUGACUGCCCGACGGUUCCAGAGAAAUCGGAGAAACGGUUGGGUUGAAAUUCGGGGUUUUGUGUUGUUGUUUUUGGGAUUGUUUAUGUUGUCAUUUGGAUGGGAUAGGGCUGAGUGUUUUCCUUUGAGUAGAAUUGGGGUUGAUAAUUGUGUUAGGGUUUGGCAAUUGUUGCUUCCGUUUAUGUCUGGGUUUUUAGCUUGUUAUGAACAGUGUGUUUCUGUUGAUAGUUAUGGGAAUUUUAAGCAAUUGGAUCGGAAACGGGUGAGGUUGGUGACGCUUUUUUUCACUACAAUUGUGCUUUUUGUUCCUGCUGUGAUGAGCUAUUUUGUUUAUGAAGCUGGUGAAGAUAGUGUUUCUUUUGGGAAUUUGGCUUGGCCUUUGGCGAAUACUGUUGUUUUCGGCGUGCUUUUGAGUGAGAAUUGUUAUAGUGGUGAUGAUUGGAUGAGUUUCAAAGACUCGAAAAGAGAGUUCUUGGUGAUGUUUAUGUGUACAUUGAUUUUGGAGCUCUUUUAUUAUCCUGAUAUUUCUCUUUGGGGUUUAUUGAUUUGUGGUUUGUUGCUGUAUGUGGCUGUUAGAGAUUUGGAUUCUUUUAAUUCUGAUGAUAUUAUGUUCGGAGAUGACUCUUCGCAGUUUUUAACUGAAAUGGUUAUGAAGCCUAUUAGACAUAUAUUGAGCGAGAGGAAGUCGAGGAAAAUUGCGCUUUUUCUUUUGAUCAAUGCCGGGUAUAUGGUUGUGGAGUUUGUUGCCGGGUUUAUGAGCAAUAGUCUUGGGCUGAUAUCGGACGCGUGUCACAUGUUGUUUGAUUGUGCUGCUUUGGCAAUUGGGUUGUAUGCUUCGUAUAUAUCUCGUUUGCCUGCAAAUAACCACUAUAACUAUGGCCGGGGAAGGUUUGAGGUUCUAUCCGGAUAUACUAAUGCUGUUUUUCUGGUUCUUGUUGGAGCAUUGAUAGUUGUUGAGUCCUUUGAGAGGAUUUUGGAUCCUCAAGAGAUUUCGACUAGUAGUUUGUUGGUUGUUUCUAUAGGAGGACUUGUAGUUAAUGUUAUUGGGUUGAUAUUCUUUCAUGAGGAGCACCAUCAUGCUCAUGGAAUGUCUGGAUCAUGCUCACAUUCGCAUCCACAUUCGCACUCGGUGUUACAUAACCACGACCAGCAUCAUCAUCAUGAAAGCAACCGAGAAAUCAUUUCGGUUUCCAGUAAUUGCCAAGAUAAUUCGUGCUCUGGUGAUCUUGGACAUCACAAUCACUCAAAUCAUGAGAGGAAAAUUGAGUUUCUUACCGAUAGUCACAGCAUUCAGAGCAUAAAGCAUCACAACAAUGACCACCAUGAUCAUAAUAACCAUGCCGACCAUAAUCAUCAUGCCCAUACCAAGAAGCAUGAUCACCAUGAUCAUAAUCACCAUGCUGACCAUCAUGAUCACCAUACCGGCCACCUUGACCAUAAUCACCAUGCCGGCCACCUUGACCAUGAUCACCAUGCCGGCCAUCAUGACCAUAAUCACCACGCAAGCCACCAUGACCAUAGUGAGUGUCAUGAUCAUAAUCUCCAUGACCAUGAUCAUCAUCACCAUCAUAAUGCUGACCACCAUAGUCACGAUGCGCCCGUUCCCCAAAAGCAAAGUCAUCGCCACAUCGAUCACAAUAUGGAAGGGAUAUUCUUACAUGUUCUUGCAGACACAUUGGGAAGUGUUGGUGUUGUUAUAUCUACACUUUUAAUUAAGUACAAAGGUUGGCUUGCUGCUGAUCCAGUCUGCUCAAUUUUCAUCUCGGUCUUAAUCAUAUCCUCUGUGAUACCUUUACUCAGAAACUCGGCCGAAGUUUUGCUCCAAAGAAUUCCUAGGGCCCAUGAGCAUGAUCUGAAAGAUUCCUUAUCCAAUGUUUUGAAGAUAAAGGGAGUUUAUGGCAUUCAAAAGUUCCAUUCAUGGAGCUUCACAAACACAGAUGUAGUAGGAACACUGCAUCUACAUGUGUCAACCGAUACCGACAAAAUAUCGGUGAGGUCCCAGGUUUCGCAUCUAUUACACAAUGCUGGGAUAAAAGAUUUAACAUUGCAAGUAGAAUGUGUUAGAUAGUAUUGUUUUGAGAUAGUUCUUGUUAGCAUCUUUGAUUACUGAAUAUGCAUACACUAUUUGGAACAGAGAUCAAACAUGCUGAUAAUGUUCAUUGGAAUGUUUGAUAAUAUUACAACACAAAUUUAUGUCUGUUUUCAUUUCUGAGAGAUGGUUGGUUUUGUUAUGGAUCUGUUUCUUGGGAUCUAAGAAUGUGCAGAGUUGUAACUUGUACAGAAAUGUAACACUAACAUAGAUUGUAGAAAAGAAUACAAACAUUGACUUUUUUUAUGCCAAAUCAAAUAUUGUCUAGCCAUGGUUUUAAACUGUGGUGUUGGAUGCAAUUGCAGUUACUGUCA